CAGUGUUGUCACUAUUGUGCACUGACGCUUGGAACUUGGAACAUAACCACAACAUAACCGUCAUUCGACUGUUGCAAUUUGAAAAAAUGACCAAAAAACGUAAGUUUUCUACAAAUUUAAGCCCAAUUAAAGUGGAAGUGAAGGAGGAAAACGUCCUGGGUAAUGAUUAUUUAAUGGCAAAAGGUCGCCUCAAAGGCGUCCUCAAACAACUCACUGAAAAAAGUGAUUCCGAUAGUGACUCGUCUGAUGAGCGGAGUUCCAAAUAUGACAACCGUAAGCGUAAAGGCGAUUCUGUCCUAACCCCCUAUCGUCACACCUACGUUAUGAAAUUAUUUGACAGAAGCGUAGAUUUGGCCAGAUUUGAAGAAGACACUCCCCUGUACCCCAUUUGCAGGGCUUGGAUGCAAAAUCAACCACGAAAUCCACAGUCAAUUGUUAAGCGCAGAUUGUCGUCUCCCGAACCAAAUGAAUUCAACUGGAAUUCUAGUAUGAUGACAGACUUGCACAGAUUACCACCACCUAUGGGACCUGUCAUCAGUAGAAUACCAUCACCGUUGCCAGAACAAAAGGAACAAAACAAAGACAACAUUAAUUUAAAUUAUGAUGAGUGUCCACCUGUUCCCAAAGAUAUUUUAAUCAGGAAUCACCUACAACGGUGGGUCAAAGUCAAAAAGAAGUGGAUAGAAACUGCUGUUAAAAAUGAAGAACGAUACCAUAUGAGUACUCAGAUUCUCCAAACUAUUUACAAUAAGGCACAAGAAGCAAUGGAAUAGUUUUUAUACACUUUAAAAAUUUAUUGUGUAAUCUAAUUAAGGGAGCGUAGAUUUAUGACGGAAUGAAGUGUUUUUGACGGCGAAUUUAAUUUUUUUUGUAUUAGUAAAAAUGUAAUCUAUUGUACAAUAAAUUAUAUUUUAUUCAAUU